AUGGCUUCGCCCACCAACGAUACGUCUAUGAACAUAGAUAUUGACCUUGACGUUGACCUCCUGAUUGGCGAUGUUGUGGAGGCUUCCAAAUUGCCUGCGAAACGACGGGCGACCAGUAUCAAGCCUACUGUUGAAAAGGUCGCGUCAUACGCCUUUGAAAAUGGCCUUCUUCCCGAGCCUUUGAGCGAACUCAUUGACCUGCUCACGAGGCCAAAUUUGUUGGAUCAGGCAAGCUUGAACACGAUACUCAAGAACCUUUACCCCGCCACUCGGCUAUCCAGUGAUGUCGUUCUUAGAGUUGUGGGAUGCCUGGGCCAUGGGGAACUGAAGCCUUCCCUAGUCCUGCAGUCGAACAUCCUGAAAUGGCUAAUCAUGGCAUACCAUGUCAUCGAGAAACCUGCCAUCUUGUCGCAAGCCUACGCUGUUUUGUUCAACUUGCUAGAUACGGCAGCCAUUCGACCGCAGCUUUGCCAUCUGCUCGCCUUGAUCACACGUAGAAAACACGUCCGGCCUUUUAGGAUCCAAGCUGUCCUCAACCUCUCCAGACAAACAGGAAAUGACCCAGCAUUGACAGGGCUCCUUCGGGUUUUCAAAGACUACUACCCUGAGAUCAUUGUCAGCGAUGCCUUGAGGGGCAGGGCUUUGGCAUUCAAGCACCCCGACGUGGAAUGGCGCGAAAGGUUGAAUCAGAUCCAACGAGACCAUUCUCAACGGACUGCUGAAGCAGCCGGUCAACCUCAGAACGGCUUCAGCGUCAAUCAUCAGGCUUUACGGGUCCGCGGCAAAAAGUCGUCAUAUCUCCCUCCUGUUUAUACUUCAGAAGCCACAGAGACUUCCGUUACUUUGGAAGAGAUUGACAACGCCGAUCGUCUUGCUCAGACAGUCGAGAAGAUUGAGCUACCGAACCAGCUUGCGGCUGUGCUAGCGGACCCUCUUUUGCAGAAAUUUGUCGCCCUGAAAAAGGAUGAUGCUGCUUCGAAGCGCGUGGUACAUUGGAUCGAUGCCGUGCUCGAAGACGUGCUCAACGGUAAUGCCGAUGACAAGUCGUUUGCGGAGACGAUGGAAAUGCUGGAGGAAUACGUGGCUCGCGUCAAAGAAACUCCACCCGUCGUCUUGCAUUUUUUGACAAAAUUAUUUCCGACAUGGAACGGCGUGGAUGCUCGAGAUUCUAUCCUCGGCAUUCUCCAGUACGCGCCUCUCCUGUACAAUGUAAUCCUGAAGCCACUAGAGAAGUGCCUUCCUCCAACGGCCGAGUCACAGCUGGCAUUGCUCAAACUCUACCAAAAUCUCCUCCGCCGUUGGACUUUUGUUCUCAACUCACUCGACCAAAUACCCAAAGGUGCCCCCGUCAGUGCCUUUUUCGCAGUUAUGGAACACGCAAGCAUCAUCGCCCUCAACGUUGUUCAAGCCUCACCAAGCGCCGCUGUUCACGGCGGCGUCCUCGACCUAUAUGAGCAGGCUGCCGCCAGCAUCUCUGAUCCUACGCUCCAACCUCUCCUCCGCAUUGCCAAUCCGCCGGCCCAGCUCAUCUACCUCCUAUUCUUCAGCCAGUCUCUGGCAAACGUGUCGCGCCUGUGUACCGUCCUCGCCAUUUACAAGAAGGGCUUCGAGAUGGCCAUGUCCAGGCGGCAGCCGACAACGUAUGCGCCGAGCUACGUGAACCAUUUCAAUGGGUAUCUCAUGGACAUUUGCAACUGUCUCUGGCGCGGCAAGGCUUUCAACGAUGGCGAUAAGAACGCUCUCGGUUGCCUUAGCGCGGGCCCCGUCACACUGCGGCUGCGCAGAUAUGUCGAAGACCUGGGCAUGGACCUUGCGCUCCCGACGCUGUUUGGGUUCUCCUACUCGCCGCUGUUGAGCUUGCAGGCCAUUGAGUGUAUCCGCGAGCUGGAGGAUCGUGAGCUGGCUGCGAACGAGGACGCCAUCUCCACACGACACGCGGGGCCGGUGACGUCAAACAGUUUGGCAAGGUUGGCAGACGCAAGAGGGUUGCGCAUCACUUGGUCCGAGUACAGGAUCAUUGUGCUGCGGGCAUUGGAGGGUAAGGGGUUGGGCGGUAUCCCGUCGUUGAUGAAGAAUACGAUGAAGGUCCUCAUGAGCUCUAAGAGUGCUACAUAG